GCCCAUCAUCACUUUUGCCUCAGAAAAACAUCCCCCUUCCAUUGUUGCACCGCUUUUCAUCGCUGCCCGUUUAAUACCCAAAGGUGCCUUGCUUGCUCUUUGUUUCCUUCCCUCCUGUGUUUUUUUAUUUUGCCGCUCGUCGCCUGGGCCGCUCGCGUUUUUUCAGCAAAAAGACCCUUUAUCCCCAUCCAGGCUCAUCUCAGUUGGCUCACACUAAAAGCCUGACUGUGUUUUUGCCAACUCUGUUUCCCAUCCCCCACGCCCUCUUCACCACUCGUAUCAUACAGAAUCUUGCUCCCCUCUCCCUCCUCUACUCUUCCCUACUUGAUUUUUUCUUCCAUCCUGCGUGCGUCGGAUGAAGCGGUGCGUCGCCAUCCCCGGCCCCUUCACUUGCUGAGCCGCGCAUCUACAUCACGCCAGCCAUGGAUCGCGAUCAAAACUCGUCCACCACGGCUUCUCCCAGGAUGCAGGCUGCUGAUUAUCCUUCAAAUUCCCCUUCACAAGAUCCUCAAGCAGCGGUAGAGCCGAUAUCCCACGCCUCUGCCUCUCCGGCUCCUCUUACAUCUGACCCCGAUGUUGCCUCAGGCCCGAUUGACCCGGCCCUGUUUGACACCGUCGCAACGCAAGAUGAUGCCAAAGAAGAUGUUUCUCGUGAUCAAACCGCCCAGGACAUUCCCAAGGCGGUUGAAAAAUCAAAAGAAGAGGUGGUUGCCACAAGCGACCCCGUACCCUCGCCGCCUAGCACGGGGCGAAGUGGCCACACAUUGCGCCGGCGUGCCCGCGUCGACUAUAAUGUCGAACACGGUGACAGCGGCAGCGAUUCUCAGUCCAGUCCGGCCUCAAGAAUAAAAAAGAGAAGAUCGGACAAUUCCAUUGAUCAGGACGCGACCUACAAGUCAGAUGCUGCCGGUCGUCGCGCCUCCCUUGAUGGCGACCACCCGUCAACCACUCGAAGGCGCAACCCCUCGCGCAAAUCGUCUGGUAUGCUCUCGUACACGGAGCCCGAUGAUGAGGUAGAGGAAGAUAUCCAGGUCAAGAGCGCUUUGGAAACUGAUGCUCCGGCACCUGAUGUCGAUGCCGAUGAGGCCGCUGCCACCCGCUCGACCUACUCUGACCCCGGUUCAGGGAAAGUCGACUUUUCCAAAUCCAUUGAAGACGCCUCAAAUGAUCACAACUCAUCUGCUUCCAAGAGCGACGACGGAAUGGUGCGCUUGAUUGAUGAUGGUGAGGUACACCUUAUCGACGAAGCUUCUUCUGACUCCGUGGCUGGAGACGCAUCAGUUGGCGAGCCCGCCGAUGAUACCUCCAAUGACGCGGCUGAGCAGCUCCAAAUGGAAGCCAACGUUGCUACUGCUGAUAGUGCUGGAGACCUGGACCCUGCAGCGCACGCCGCAAAUGAAAACAUGGACGUUGAAAUGGAGGAUGCUGACGGUGACGACGAACCAGCCGUUGGUCAUGCAAGCCCAGAACCUACAGACCAAGGGCCUAAAAAGGAAGAAUCUGCCCCGUUGGAGAUGGAAGAUAUUCAGAACACACCUCUUGAUGCCAACGAAGAAGACAAGACCAUGGCUCAGGUCCCUGAACUUACCUUGUCAAAAGCAUCGCCAUCCACGGAUCGUCUCUCAGCCGAUAUCAAGACGGAUGCUGAGCCGAAAAAAGAGGCCGAUCUGGCACCGCCCAAGGCUGUCACCAAGCAAAGCCUUGCACCAUCACCCAUUGUGUUUAAAGCCCAGCCUGUACCAGAAGGCCGCUGGGCGCACCUAACACCAUAUCUCGAAGGUGAAUUUGUAACAUAUCCUGAGAAGAAGGAGGCUACGCCUGAAGAAGAGGGUACCCCCGAGGACGGCACGCCAGCAGAAGGCGAUACCAACGAUGCAGAGCAAGGCGAAGAGAACGAUGACGCUACCGAUGCUGCUGCUGCAGAAUUUGCGACUCCUGCUCUCAACACUCCUACCAGAGGCUCGCCUGUUCCAGAUUCCGUCGAUCCGACAGCAACAAACUCGCCCGCCCCAGGACUUGACGAUGCCGAUGAUGACGUCUCUGAUUCCCAAGAAGACUUGGAGCGAAUUCGGUACUAUCGGUAUCGAAAGCUCCGCGAUCCUGAGGAAUAUAUAUCUGCUAUCGAAAACUACGAGGACAUGCCUACUGCUGAGCUCUAUGAGCUCCUAGAGGCCAUUAACCUGUCCCUUGGAGAAUGGCAGUCGGAGUGGUCCGAUUUGGGCAAGGUUGUUGACGACUAUGAAAACGCUCUCCGCCGACGUCUCGCCGACUCCAAGUAUGAGUCGCGUACACGAAACCUUGGUCAGCAUGGCGUCAACUGGGAAGAGCCAGAAUUUGUCGUCAAGGGCUACCGCGCCAAGGACCGAGACACCAUAACCGAGACCCGAUAUCUCCAGAGCCAAGACCGCAUCAUGGCAGCCACCUACGGCUUCGAAUAUGAUCCUCAUCCUUCCAAGAUUGGCCGCCAAAAUCCAGAGGGCCAGCAAUUUGGUGUCGUCACCCGUGGACGUUCCCUCCGAAACCAGCCCCGACAGAGCGCCAAGGCCACCGAGGCUGACGAAGUUACGGGCAAGCGAUUAAGAAAGCCUGUUCAACUCUUUGACCCAGCUCAGGAGAUUAGCCGCAGCUCGACACCAGUCCCAGCUAGAGCUCGCCGAAGACGCGGUGGUGAUGACGACAACGUCACCUCAAGCUUCAACAGUGAGUUGCCCUCGGAUGUGGAAGAGACGCCAUCUAGAACCAGACGUCGCCGCACUGCUGCCCGCCCCAAGACCUCCAUGCCAGGCGCCGCCGAUGAUGAAGGGCCCUACCAGGACACCUCGGCUGCAGACGAUGCCAACCGUUUGGGACGCCGAGCACGUGCACGCCCUGCUAUCCGCUACGAUGAAGGCUAUGACGAUGCCGAUGAGGACUCUCAGCCUGAGACCAAGCACCCUCGACGACACCUACUCACUCUCAAGCUCCCUCGCAACAAGAGUGGACCUGGAUCUGCCAUCUCUGACAAUGGAGACUCUCGACCCUCCACUGCCGACUCUGAUUCGUCGUCACAUACUGCGGAAUCGUCGUACUCAUUUAGACCAAAGCGACAGAAGCGCUUCCGCGAGGAAAUGGAAGACGCCGAAGGCAGCACUGGCCAGGCUCCUCCUAAGAAGAGAGGCAAGCGAGUUGGCGAGGAACCCGUCGCUGUUGGCGGCUACGUCUCUGUCGACUCCUCGCAGCCUAACAGCGCGCGCAAGCCGCAGAAGAUCAAAGUGGUCCGCAACAACAAUAGCAACAACAACAAUAAUAAUACUAGUACUACUGCCGCUAAUAGCAACGCUGCGACAACUCCUGUCAGCCGCAACGGCACCCCAUCCUCAACCGGUAAUGCCGACGGAGAGGAGCCACGCAAGGAUUACAAGCUUAUGACCAAGUCCGAAAAGAUGUCGGCAUCAAUGAAGAGUCGUUGGGCAAAUGGUAACAUGGCUGGCGCCGUUGAGAAGCGCAAGGCUACCCUUGCUGCUAAGAAGGCUGCUCAGGCUGCUGCUGAGCAGAAGGCGGGAUCGGUUACACCCAAGCCUAAUGCUGGUGGUAACAAUGCCACUCCUGCUGCGGCCAACGCCAACAAGGCGAAGCCAGUCAAGAAGGAUACACCCACGAAACAAGAGGCUCCUCCUUUCCCUCCUAAUCCUGCCCCGAUGAUGGGCAAUUUCUCUUUCCACGCUCAGUAAAGGGCAUGGAAGUCUGCACAUUGCUUUUUUUGUACAAGAAACCGUCCAUAUGUUAUUCAUGGGUUUGUGUUUUGAGUUUGUCCGGCUGCAUCUAGGCUGUCUUUUAUCAUGCCUUAUCUUGGGUCGGUGUCUCUUUUUUUUUUUAUCCAUUCGCAGGCUGUUAUUACACACGAGGCGUCUGACCAUGGAGGAUAUCCGUUUUCAUUUUUUCGUCGCGUCGUUUUCUUCUAUAAAACUGGGUAGACGGGGCGAUAUACGCGUUGUCCCCGUUUCAUGUGGCAUAUCGAUAUGGGAGCUUGCAAAACUGGCUCCUUUAUCACACGGCGUUUUCUUCAAUUUUAGGUUCUUCCAUAGUCGCGUUUAAUGCUGAAUUUUGUGUUCUUUCUUAAAUGCCUUUCUAACCUUGACG